CUGGUUUUCAGGUCAAUACAGCUUUCUCCACUCCCUUUAUAUAAGAUCCAUUUAGUUUCUCCAUUUUCUCUGUGUUUGUUAGUUUCUUUAGUAUCGAUAUUCUCAAGUUCUGUAGCUAUACAAUGGAAAAGAGUAGCGAGCAAGUCAAGGGCUCAAUCUUCAUGGCGGCAAAGGACAAGCAAAAGCUUUUUCACACCCUACUUAAUCAAUACAUGGCCGAAAAAUCGCAAGGAGAUCAAAGAGUUGUUUUGAAGAAGAAAAUUGAAGAACUACGAUCUGAGCUCGAAGCGGCCAAUGCGGAUCUCGAAAAUGUCAAGCGUACCAAAGAAACCAUAGAGCAGGAGAUUAAAGGCUGUGAAGUCGAAUUGUCUCUGAAUGAAACUUCAAUUCAAACUCUAGAGGCAAGGAUUUCUGUGCUACAACGUGAAAUUGCAUCUGUUGGAUCUGAGUUAGCAGGUCUUAAGUGGGAUGAAGGAACCACAAGAGACGAGUUUCUCAAUCACAUGUCAGAUCUUAAUAAAAAAAUCAGGGAAUAUCAAGAUAAAUUGGCCAGCAAUGAUGGUAAAGAGUCUGAUGGAAAUGAUACAGAAGAAUCUUCCCCCCCAUCUACCGAGGAAAUGCUUGUCAAAGUAAUAACUCAACUAAGCAGUGAAGAAAGAGAUUACCAAUCAAGACAGGAUACGCAAAAUCAGGCUCGGGAAUCGUUGUAUAAUCUACGAAAAAAGUUGGCUGCGAUGGGGUUGAUGGACAAAGGAAGAAAAGAUUUGAAAGAUAUGACUAGGCUGUCUUCUGGAAUUGAAGAGACAUUUGCACAUCUCAGCGAGGAAUUGCGGAAAAGUUGUUUUUGCCCUCGAUGUAAGAAAGACAAUAUGGAGGCCUUGGACAAUACUCUUCAGGUAAAUGAUGAGGGCAAUUGAAUUUUUUUCUAAGAAGCAAACAGAGUUGUGGACAGUUGCAUCUGAGAUAUGGUACUCAAAUGCCGUAUGUGCAUAUUGUAGUUGCAAAUUUUGCAGUAGCAUGCUAAAUAAUAUCAGCAGGCAAACUACGUUUUGGAA